CUCUCUGGUGUAAAGGUGGUUUCAAUCAAUGACCAUCACUCUCGUUUCACACAGCUGGCCACCACGCACCACAUUACAACUCAGUGAGGCACCCUGUGGCCAUUCCGUCCGCUUGUCUGAAACUAAAACCCUUGAGAUUAUGAUUCACACUUUAAUUUAUCCAACAUAAAAUUUGAAUUGACCUUUUAGGAAAAGGUGGUUUUCUGCUGGCUAUGUGCGUCGAUCACUCAUAUGUAAUAUUGCUAUUCUCCUGUUCUGCGUCACAUAUAAUAAGCACACUCUUGCUUUCAGAACUCAUCAUGACUUAGGAAUCACAGACCUCAAAAUGGCCUGUGACAAUCCAGACGGUCCUGCAUCAACGCCCGAAGCACAUUAACUGGAACUCAAAACCCUGACCAGUAACAAGACGGCAGUCAGUGUGUUCCGGUGAUUGUGAUCUUGCCGAGUGUGGCCGGGGGAUUUGAGCGCGGCUGACCGGGGCGCUGCUUCUCUCUGUUGUGCUGUGUUUUUAUUUUGCCUGGGGGUAUUUGCAUGAUAGCCAGGAGGAGUGCGAGAGGAAAUUAAUUUGCCUGUGGCGCCUUGCAAAGAAGAAGACGCCGGGGCCUGGUCACUCCCUGGACGCUCAUCUCUGCCACCGGUGCCCAGAACCUUUGACCCAGGGUUGGAACCAAGAAAGUUCCCAGUUUUGUCACCCUUCUUUCCCCAAGCCUCUUCAACGGCGUCGACAAUGGGGCUGGUGGAGAUCUUCGCCCUGGCCCGGGUGCCCUCCAUCCUGCUGCUGGGGGCCGUGUACGGGGCGUACGUGUUAACGGGCGGGGUGGUCUUCUGGAAGCUGGAGGGGAACCUUGGCAGGGAGGACAUCAGCGCUAUAUUGGCACGGAAACAGCAGGUGCUCAAGACGUACCAGUGUCUGAACUCGGACGGCAUGGACGCGGUGAUUGCGGUACUACAAGAUGCUUCUAAGGCUGGCCUGAGUAUUAAAGGCAACCAGACCUCUGACGGCUUUUGGAAAUUCACCAGCUCAGCGGUCUUUGCUGCCACAGUUGUUACUACUAUAGGCUACGGCAACAUCAGCCCCAAAACGACCGUCGGUCAGAUCUUCUGUGUUUUCUUCGCUCUGUUCGGGAUCCCCCUAAACAUUGUGGUCCUCAACAGGGUGGGCAAGUACAUGCUGACCAUAGAGAGGAACAUCUGUGACUUCCUGCAGGGAAAGACCACGCAUCCGAGGUGCUCUCGCUUCUUGGUCCACCUGGUGUCCUACCUGUGCGGGGUGGUGCUGUUCUUCGUGGUGCCCAUGGUCGUGUUCCAGGGCCACGAGGGCUGGAGCUACUCCCAGGCCAUCUACUACUGCUUCAUCACCCUCAGCACCAUCGGGUUCGGGGACUACGUCGCAGACAGUAACCCGGAGCAGGCGUACCCCGAGUGGUACAGCUUCAUCAUGGCCUCCUGGAUCUUCUUCGGCCUGGCCUGGCUGGCGCUGGUCAUCAACCACACCAUCGACAUCCUUGAGCGGCUCCACGGCUUCCUCAACGGCUGGUGGCGCCGACGCAGCGGCGUGGAGGAGACGGACCCCCCCGACAACGAGAACCCCGACACGCAGGUGGAGCAGGAGGAGGCGGAGCCUGUGAAGAUGCAGAAGUUAGAUGACUGCAGUGUGACCCCCCCUUGAUUGGACUGAGCUCUCUUCUGGUGAUAUGAUUUCUUUCUUUUUUUUGGUUCCGUUGUUUUGCUGGAGUAGCAGAAUGUGCUGGUCUAAAGAUCUGAAGAAGCGCUGACGGAUCUAUAGAGCUGUAGAUCUAGACAAGCAGGCAUAGAAGGAGCUUGUAGAGCAGGAGGGG